AUGACCGCCCACACCACCACCACUCCAGGUAGCAAUGGAGGAAGAGGAGAGCCCAUCGCCGUCGUCGGCAGCGGGAUGCGCUUCCCAGGCUCCGCGAACAGCCCCUCGAAGCUCUGGGAUCUCCUGAUUAAGCCGCGCGACCUGCUCCAGCGGAUCCCCGAGAGCCGGUUCAACGUCGACAACUUCUACCACCCGGACCCGACCCACCACGCGACCACGGACGUCCGCGAAUCGUACUUCCUCGACCAGGACCACCGCCACUUCGACGCGGGCUUCUUCAACAUCAAGCCGGUCGAGGUGGCCGCCAUCGACCCGCAGCAGCGCCUGCUGAUGGAGGUGGUGUACGAGGCGCUCGAGGCGGCCGGUAUCCCGCUCGAGUCCUUGGCAGGCUCCCGUACGGGCGUGUACGUCGGCCUCAUGUGCACCGACUACGUCGACCACCUGUACAAGGACGUCGACACACUGCCGACGUAUGCCCCCACGGGUACGGCGCGGAGCAUCAUGUCGAACCGCAUUUCGUACUUCUUUGACUGGCAUGGGCCCUCCAUGACCAUCGACACAGCUUGCUCCUCCAGUCUGGUGGCAGUCCACCAGGCCGUGCAGCUGCUUCGGAGCGGCGACUCGGACGUGGCCGUUGCGGCCGGAUCCAACAUGAUCCUGUCUCCGGGGCAGUAUAUUGCCGAGAGCACGCUGCACAUGUUGUCGGCCGACAGCCGGUCCCGCAUGUGGGAUGCCGACGCGUCCGGAUAUGCGCGCGGCGAGGGGGUGGCUGCUGUCAUCAUGAAGCGCCUUAGUACUGCGCUUGCUGACGGGGACAGGAUCGAGUGUAUCAUACGAGAAACUGGCGUCAACCAGGAUGGCCGGUCCAAGGGUAUCACUAUGCCGAAUGCUGCUGCACAAAUUGAUCUUAUCGAGCAGACCUACGCAAAAGCUGGACUGGAUCCAAGAGACCCCAGCCAGCGCUGCCAGUACUUCGAAGCACACGGGACCGGGACUGCGGCGGGUGAUCCCAAGGAAGCCGAAGCCAUCAGCAAAGCUUUCUUCUACCCCGGCGAGAGGAUAUCCGACGCCGACGACCCCCUCUAUGUUGGCUCCAUCAAAACCGUGAUCGGCCACACCGAAGGCACAGCAGGACUCGCUGGUCUUCUCAAAGCCUCUCUCGCGGUUCAGUAUGGCGUAGUACCGCCCAACAUGCUCUUCAACAAGCUCCACCCCGAUAUCGAGCCAUUCUACACGAACCUCGAGAUCGCAACGGCCCCAAAACCAUGGCCAAAACUGGCGGACGGCGUGCCACGCCGAGCAAGCGUCAACAGUUUCGGCUUCGGAGGCACCAACUCGCAUGUCAUCGUCGAGAACUUUGUGCCUCCCACUCCUCCCUUGCAGGGCACCAAGCCUCUCCUGUCUUCCCGGCCGUUCACGCCCUUCAACUUCUCCGCUGCUUCGGCAGGUGCCCUGAGAGGGGUCCUUUCCGACUACUCAGAAUACCUCCGAUCCCACCCCGAUGUUAAUCUCCGCGAUCUCGCCUACACGCUGUAUGCCCGGCGAACCCACCACGCCCUCCGAGCCAGCAUCCCGGCCAAGUCGGCAUCAGAGCUCCUGAGCAAGAUCGACGAGCUCCUUCACGUCCCUUCCGAUGCAAGCGGUGGCUCUUCUGGUCUCGGAACCCGCGCAAAGACUCUUUCGCGGCCCAUCCGCAUCUUGGGCGUCUUCACCGGCCAGGGCGCGCAGUGGCCCACCAUGGGCCGCGAACUGGUUCGGAGUUCGCCUUAUGUCCGCGAGAUCGUCGAGGACCUCGACCGGGAGCUCCAGCGUCUCCCGGAGCCCGAGAGACCCCAUUGGACCCUCCUGGACCAGCUCACAUGCGACGCCUCAUCGUCCCGCGUCGGCGAGGCCGCCUACGCCCAGCCGCUCACGACGGCCGUCGAGAUCGUCCUGUACGACCUCCUGCGCAGGGCGGGCAUCCGCUUCCAGGCCGUCGUCGGCCACUCGUCCGGGGAGAUCGCCGCGGCCUACGCCCAGGGGUUCAUCACCCGGGCCGAGGCCAUCAAGAUCGCCUAUUACCGGGGCUACUACGCAACCGUUUGCCCGUCCGAGACACCCGGAGCCAUGAUGGCAGCCGGCACAACGGCAGAAGAUGCCGAGGAGCUCUGCGCUUUGCCCAUGUUCCAAGGCCGGCUGUGCGUCGCCGCGUACAACGCCCCCAUGAGCGUCACCCUCUCGGGCGACCGCGACGCCGUCGAGCAAGCGAGGGAGAUCCUCGAGGACGAGAAGAAGUUUGCGCGCGUCCUCAAGGUCGACAAGGCCUACCACUCGCCGCACAUGCAGAAGGUGGCCCCCGGCUUCCUCGACGCGCUCCGGCGCUGCGGGAUUCGCCCCCGACAACGCGAGACGACGGGCGACGAUGCGGCUGCGUGGCUCUCCAGCACCUACGAGGACACCGAGAUGCGCGGCGACAUGGACGGCGACCGAGAUCUUGCCGGGCCGUACUGGGUGAACAACCUGCUCCGACCCGUGCGUUUCACCCAGGCCGUCCAGGCUGCGGCUGCUUCUGCACAGGGACCAUUCGACUUCGCCAUGGAGGUCGGUCCCCAUGCAGCACUGAAGGGACCUGUCCUGGAGACGCUUCGGGAGAUCACCAACGGAGACGGGGAGGCGGUGCCGUACGUGGGCCUGCUGCACCGUGGGAAGGACGACGUCGAUGCCUUCUGCGAGGCUCUCGGCACCCUCUGGACCCGCUUCUCGCCCUCGCCCGUUGACUUCGGCACGGUCGACUCGACAGCAUCUGGCGACGAACACGGCCGGAACCUCCUAAAGGACCUCCCCACAUACCACUGGGACCACGACCGGCUCUACUGGCACGAGUCCCGCACGACCCGAGCCCUGACCAACUCCAGGAACCCCCCACACCCUCUGCUCGGUACCAGAACGACCGAGGCCACCGAGCGCGAACUGCGAUGGAGGAAUCUGCUCAAGCUGAGCGAGAUGCCCUGGGUCCGCGGCCACCAGCUCCAGGGCCAGGUCGUCUACCCGGCGACAGCCUAUCUAGCAACAGCCGUCGAGGCCGCCCGGUGCCUGGCACCCGCCGGCCAGAACAUCGCCCUGAUCGAGGUCCAGGACUUCAGCCUCGGGAAGCCGCUCGUCUUCGGCGACGACGACCGGGGCAUCGAGACCCUCUUCGUGCUGCACGACGUGGCCCGGGAGGGCGACAACAGCCACGUCGCCGCCUCCUUCUCGUACCACGCCUCCACCAACGCCGAGGUGGACAACCUGUCAACCCACGCGACUGGCCGCGUCCGCAUCACGCUGGGCGAGACGGACGCGCGCCGGCUGCCGUCCCGCAAGGGCGACCCCCCCAACCUCUCCCGCGUCACGCAGGACCAGUUCUACUCCUCCCUGGAGCCGCUCGGCUACAGUUACAGCGGCGACUUCCGGACGCUGUCCUCGAUCGAGCGCAAGCUCGACUACUCGUCCGCCACCAUCCCGGUGCCUCCCCAGGACCCUGCCUCCGAGCCGGCCAGGAUGCUGCUCCACCCGGCCCUGCUCGACACGGCGCUGCAGGGGAUCUUCCUGGCCUACUGCUUCCCCGGCGACGGCAGCUUCGAGCAGCUGCACGUGCCGACGGGCAUCCGGAACGUCUGCGUCAACGUCGGGCUCUGCGAGCAGACGCUUCUCGCGAGCAGCAGCGUGACGACGUGCGCGCACCUGACCGAGAACCCGCUGCGCUCUCGCCGGCUCCGCGGCGACGUCGACAUCUACACCGCUCCCGAUGGUGCCGGCCUCGUGCAGAUGGAGGGCAUCGAGGUCGUCGCGCUCGCCGAGCCCACGGCCGAGGCCGACAAGAAGAUGUUCACCGAGCACCGCUGGGGCGUCCUGAACCCGAACUUGGACCUCGCCAUGCGCGGCCACCGGGCCACCGACGAGGACCGCGAGUUCGCCGAGGUCAUGGAGCGCGUCUGCCUCCACUACAUGCAGCGCAUCCUCGCCAUGUUCCCCGAGAGCGUCCGCGAGACCAUGAACCUCGAGUGGCAUUUCCGGUGUCUGUUUGAGUUCUACCACCACGCCAUCGCCACCGCCGGGACGAGACGGUUCUCAAAGAGGGAGUGGCUGGAUGACACCCCGGAGGAGAUCGCCGCCUUGAAAGCCAAAUGGUCCCACCGAGUCGAACUCCAACUCGCCUGCGCCGUGGGCGACAACCUCCCCGCCGUCCUCCGCGGCGAGACGACGAUCCUCGAGCACAUGACCAAGGACAGGCUGCUGGACCGCUUCUACGAGGCCGGCAUGGGCCUCCGGGAGUUCACCCUCUUCCUCGGCCGCACCGUCAAGCAGAUGGUGCACCGGCACCCGCGCAUGAAGAUGCUCGAGAUCGGCGCCGGCACGGGCGGCGCCACCAAGGUCAUCAUGAGCGAGAUCGGCCGCGCCUUCGGCUCCUACACCUUCACCGACAUCUCGACCAGCUUCUUCGAGGUCGCCCAGGAGGUCUUCUACGCCCUCGGCGACAAGAUGAUCUUCAAGCCGCUCGACUGCGAGAAGGACGUUGCGGCUCAGGGGUUCGAGGAGCACUCGUACGACCUGGUGAUCGCCUCGCUGGUCCUCCACGCGACCGCCGACCUCCGCCGUACCCUGCGCAACGUGCGCCGCCUCCUGAAGCCCGGCGGCUAUCUGAUCAUGCAGGAGAUCACCAACAACGACGUGACCCGGGUCGGCUUCAUGAUGUCGGCCACGCCCGGCUGGUGGCUCGGCCAGGACGACGGCCGCCGCCUGUCGCCGUGCGUGUCGACGCUCGAGUGGCACCAGCUGUUCCUCGAGUGCGGCUUCUCGGGCGUCGACACAUCCACGUCCGAGAUCGACAUCUACCCCUUCUCGCUGACCGACAUGGUCACCAUGGCCGUCGAUGACCGCGUGUCGCUGCUCCGCGAACCGCUCUCGUCCUUGGGCGCCCAGGCCGCCGCCGCCGCCGCUGCCGUGGAAUGGGACCUGGUGCUCAUCGGCGGCCAGAAGCUGGGCACGAGCCGGCUCAUCGACCAGAUCGUCCGGCUAGUGCAGCCGUUUGGGGUGAAACAUACCGUCUUCGGCACCCUCGGAGACAUGGCUGCCGCCAAGACGUCGCCCAACAGCGCCAUCCUGUGUCUGGCGGAGCUGGACGACCCCGUCUUCCGCGAUAUCUCGGAACCGACGCUGCAGGGGAUGCAGCGCCUGUUCGAGACGCAGGGAACCAUCCUGUGGGUCACGCAGGGCUCCAGAGCCGACGAGCCGUACAUGAACAUGUCGGUCGGCCUCAUCCGGGUCGUGCUGCUCGAAAACCCCGACCUGACGGUGCAGGUCCUCGACCUGGACAGCGGCGCCAAGCCCGAUGCGCGACGCCUUCUGGAGUCGCUCCUCCGACUGCGCUAUGCCACCACGUGGGAGAAGGAUGGAAUCAUGGACAAGAUGUUGUGGACACAGGAGCACGAGCUUGCCCUCGAUGGCGACGAGCUCCUGGUCUCUCGUGUCUAUCACGACAACGCUCCCAACGACCGCUACAAUGCGUUCAAGCGAACCAUAUACGAGGACGUGGACCCGCAGACAACCCCCCUCAGUCUCUCGAUCGGGUCCUCCAAACCGCAUCUCGUUCAUGAACCCUCGCUCCGAGACCGAAUGUCCAAUCCGCAAGCUGCGGCUGACGAGUCGCAUGUCCUGAUCAAGGUCAGCCACUCUCUCUUGACGCCCGUGCUCGCGCCUCCUCUCCAGCCGGCCUACCUCCUCUUGGGUACUACUGCCAGCACGGCGCCGGCCAAGACCAUUGUAUCCAUCGCGCCCAACCACGGCUCGUACGCUUUGGUCCCUCAAGAGAGCGCUGUCGAGGUCGACGUGGCCCCAGGCAACGAGUCCCAGUUCCUAUCCCAGCUAGCCCAUCUUCUGCGUGUCGAGAACCUGCUGUCCAUCUGUCGGAGAGACUCUACCCUCCUCAUCCACCAACCUCCCCAGGAGAUGGCAUUCAGCAUCGUCGCGGCUGCGGCCUCUCGGAACGUGACCGUCUUCUUCACUACCUCGUCUGCGCCAGCCACAGACAACGGCCCGUGGAUCGCCAUCGACUCGUACGCUCAGAGGCGAGAGAUCCAGUCCCUGCUGCCCCCCGACGUCACCGUGUUCAUCGACGGCUCCAACUCCAAGGACGCCCCCGCCAAGCGACUGGGCGCAGUGAUAUCCUCCUCCCUGCCCGACCCGUGCCUCCGGACGACCCUCGCGGGGAUCCACGAGCUUCAGCACGCCCGAGACUUCACGGCCGCCGAUCUGCGCUCGAGACUCAACAGCGCGGUGCACUCGGCACUAAAGAACUCAGCCCUAUCCGAUGGCUCGGGCUUAACCUUGCCGACCAUCACGCUGAAUCAGUUGCUCGCCGGCGAACAACCCGAAGUCGACGCGGGCGAACCCGCCGUCUUGGACUGGGGCAGCGGCUCCUCCUCCCCGGCCAAAGUUCCCGUGCAGGUUCCCACCGUCGAAAGCCUCGUCCGCUUCCGGAGCGACAAGACUUAUGUCAUGUUUGGUCUGACGAGCGACCUGGCGCAGUCGAUCUGCAGCUGGAUGGCGUCGCUCGGCGCCCGAAACAUCGUGCUCACAAGCCGCAACCCGAAGGUGGAUGAGAGGUGGCUGAAGGUCAUGAGAGACGCUGGCGUGAGGCUGGAGGUGUUUGCAAACGACAUCACCGACGAGGCCGCCCUCUCCUCGCUCGUGGCCCACAUCCGCCAGACCUUCCCCCCCAUCGCCGGUAUCGCACACGGCGCCAUGGUCCUCGACGACACCGUGUUCUCCGUGAUGCCGCUCGAGAAGAUGACCAAGGUUCUGCGGCCCAAGGUCCUCGGCGCCAUCCACCUGGACGCCCUCUUCGGCCCCGACACCGGGCUCGACUUCUUCGUCUUCUUCUCCUCGGCCGUCACCAUCGCCGGCAACCGCGGGCAGUCGGCCUACAGCGCGGCCAACUCGUUCAUGACGGCGCUGGCCCACCAGCGGCGCCGGCGCGGCCUCGCCGCGUCCAUCCUCCACAUCGGCGCCGUCAUGGGCGUCGGCUACGUCAACCGCAACUGGAUGGCCGCCCUGCACGAGACCGCCCGGGUCGGCUUCCAGCUGCUCUCCGAGCGCGAGUUCCACCUCUGCUUCGGCGAGGCCGUCCUGGCCUCGCACCCGCGCUCCGGCCGGAACCCCGAGCUCAUGACGGCCCUGCGGACCUCGGGCCUGGCCGGCGUCAAGACCCGCUGGCCCAAGUUCCCCCGCUUCCAGACCUGCCUGCAGGCUGAUGAUGGCUCUGCCGGCAGGAAGGCGACCAAGAGGGCGGCCGACGUGUCUGUCAAGACGCGGCUGGCCGAGGCCACCACGGAGGAAGAGGUUAACGACAUUGUGCAAGACGGUUUCAUCCGCAAGCUCCGCGCCAUUCUCCAGAUUCCAGUCGACAAGGAAGCCUCCCAGAUCCUGGCCUCGGCCAUCGACGACCUCGGCGUCGACUCCCUGGUCGCCGUCGAGAUCCGCUCCUGGUUCCUCAAGGAGCUCGACGCCGAAGUCCCCGUGUUCAAGAUCCUGUCCGGCGGCCUGGUCCGAGAGCUGCUCGAGCACGCCGUGGCGAACAUGCCUGCCGGCAAGGCGCAGCCCGGGGAGCCGAGUGCCAAAGCAGCAGCAGCGGGUCCGGAUUCAGCUCUGCCGGCGACAGCGACACCAGAUGCCGCUGCUUCGACGGGAACUCCGCAGACCGUCAGCACGGACUCGUCCAGCUCAAGCCACUCGGACGACGAGCAAGACAAGCAGGAAACAUCGUCCGCCACCUCCACCUCUGUCGAAGAAGACUCCAGCGAAGUGCCCAAACCGCGCUUUGACAAAAUCCUGCCGAUAUCCCCUGGCCAGUCCCGCUUCUGGUUCCAGAAGCACCUCAUGGAGGACCAGACAACCGCAAACAGCACCAUUUGCGUCGAGAUCAGCGGCGUCAUCCGGCUCGGCAGCCUUGAGAGCGCAGUCCGACAGGCUGCGGCGCGUCACGAGUCGCUCCGGACCUCCUUCUUCGUCGACGAGACCCAGAAGCCCGUGCAGGCCAUCUCGCCGACGUCGAAUCUGCGCCUCGAAACGAUGCUGCUCGCCGACGAAUCACGCGUCCAAAACGAAUUCGAAAGGCUCAAGAACCACGUCUACGACAUCGAACACGGCGAGUGCAUGCGCAUCAUCCACCUAGGUCUGACUCCCACCAAGAGCUACCUUCUCAUCGGAGCCCAUCACAUCAUCAUCGAUGGCAUCGGGCUGGAGGUCCUCUUAGAUGACCUGCAGAAAGCCUACAACGGCAGAGACAUCGUCGCCGAGCCGGUCUACCAGUACUCGACCUACUCCGAGAAGCUGGGCGAGGACUUGGCGUCGGGCGCCCUGCGGGGGGAGAUGGAGUAUUGGCGGGCGGAAUUCGCAGAACCGCCCUCGCCCCUGCCCCUGCUCCCCUUCUCGGCGGCCACGAGCCGCACGCCUCUCACAGCGUACGGGCACAAGUCGGCGAGCCGCGCCAUCGGCUCCCAGCUCGGGGCGCAGAUCCAGGACGCCUGCCACAAGCUGCGGGCGAACGCGUUCCACUUCCACCUCGGCGUGCUCCAGGUGCUCCUGUUCAAGACCUUCGGCGACGGCGACGUCUGCAUCGGCAUGGCCGACGCCAACCGCCGGGACGACCGGGUCGCCAAGAGCAUCGGCAUGUAUCUGAACCUCCUGCCGCUCCGGUUCCGGCUGGACAGCCGGCAGUCGUUCGAGGAGGUGCUCAGGGACACGCGCAAGAAGGCCUAUCUCGCCAUGGCCAACUCGAAGCUGCCGUUCGACAUCCUGCUCGACUGCGUGAGCUGCGAGAGGUCCACCGCCUUCAGUCCCCUGUUCCAGGCAUUCAUCAACUACCGCCAAGGCGUCAGUGAGAAGAGACGGUUCGACAGUGCCCAGGUCGAAAUCAAGGCGAUGGAGCUUCCACGAUCCGCCUAUGAUAUCUCCCUCGACAUCAUCGAGAACCCGGGAGGCGAAACUCGCGUCACGUUUAUGGUGCAGGAGAGUCUGUACUCUGAGAGCGAUGCAGCUCGGUUGCUGGACAUGUACUUCGCCCUCCUGAGCGACUUAUCUCGGUCUUGCCAGCAGGAGCUCCAGCAGGUGUCGUUAUUCUCAAAGCAGGAUGUCAGCGAUGCAAUCCAAUUUGGAAGAGGUCCCGUAAUGCCUUCAAAGUGGCCCGAAACUCUAGCGCAUCGCGUCGACGACAUAAUUGCCAAGUACCCGGGCGAGACAUCAAUCAAAGACUGCAACGGCAAAUCGUGGACAUACCAGCAGCUCGAUUCACAGGUUGAAAGGAUCUCGUCGGCCCUGCUCAUGGCAAAUACGAAACCUGGGUCGGUCGUGGGCGUCCAUCAGGAGGCGUCUCCGCACUUUGUCUUUUCUCUGCUUGCCAUCCUGCGAGUCGGCGCCGUCGCCGUGCCCCUGGACUGCAACAUUCCACCAGCGAGGCUCCGCAUUAUGAUCCAGGAGUCGAAAUGCUCUGCACUGCUCGUCAACACCACGACGGCUGCCCUGACCGGAGACCUGGGUCUCUCACCGACUGUCACCGUUUUGGACGUUCUCCAGCUCCCGGACGACGAAACACCAGUUCGACGUCCCGCUACCGCCGCCGCCCGAGCUGGCGACCCAGCGGCGAUCCUCUUCACCAGCGGCACCACGGGCGUCCCGAAGGGCGUGCUCUUGUCCCACGGCAGCCUACGGAACCACGUCGAGGCCUUGGUGCACACGCACGGGUUCGGACGCGAGACCGUCUUGCAGCAGAGCUCGGUGGGCUUUGACAUGUCCUUGAACCAGAUCUUCAUGGCCCUCGCCAAUGGGGGCACGCUGGUCAUCGUUCCCGAGGCCCUCCGCAAAGACCCUGUUGCGGUGGCCAGGAUUGUGCGGGAAGAGAACAUCACAUACACCAGCGCAACCCCGUCCGAGUAUCUCGCCUGGCUCCGGCACGGCGCGGCUAGCCUCUUCCAGAGCACGCACUGGACAUAUGCCACGGCCGGCGGUGAGAGAUUCUCGCCCGCGCUGCUGCAAGGCUUCCGCCAGAUUCGCGACCGCUUCGUCGGGCGCAAGUUCCGCUUUUUCAAUGCCUACGGCCCGACCGAAUGCUCCAUGUCUGCGAGCGAACUGGAUCUCAGCCGAACACAUGACCACGAAGGCGCGCAGAUACCAGCCGGUAGGACCCUUCCGAACUACAGUGUUUACAUCAUGGACCAGAACCUAAACGUCCUGCCUGUCGGGUGGUCUGGGGAAGUCUGCAUCGCCGGCGCUGGUGUCGCCAUAGACUACAUCAACAAUGCCGACGAGUCGCGAAAGAAAUUCCUGGAAGACCCUCUGCCGUCGUCGGUGGCCGUUCAGAACGGGUGGACCAGGAUGUACCGAACUGGAGAUAAAGGCGUCCUCCGGCCCGACGGCACCUUGGAGAUCCUCGGCCGCAUCGAGGGGGACACGCAGAUCAAGCUCCGAGGCCUGCGCAUCGAGCUGCAAGAUGUCGAGCAGUCCAUCCUGGACACGGCCAAGGGACGGAUCAAGACGGCGGUAGUCACACCUCGCGGCGACCCGCCCAUUCUCGUGGCGCAUGCGGUGCUGUCGCCCGACGCCGCGGCCGAGAACGAGAACGAGACCGACGGCUUCCUCCGCCAGCUCGCCGCCUCGCUGCCCCUGCCGCAGUACAUGCGCCCGGCGGCCAUCAUCCCAAUUCCCUCAAUGCCGCUGACUGCAUCCGGCAAAGUCGACAGGAGAGCCCUCCAGCAACUCGCCCUUCCAAGCGUAUCGCGGGGAGGACCCGAACCGACGCGAGAGCUGACCGAGAUGGAGGCCGAGCUGGCCCGGGCCUGGCGAGACACGCUGCCGCAGCAGAUGCAGGAGGUGCACCGCAUUGACGCCGCGUCCGACUUCUUCCAUGUCGGCGGCAACUCGAUGCUGCUGAUCGAGCUGCGGCAGCUCGUCAACGAGAGAUUCCAGACCAGCGUGCCCCUCAUCAAGCUGUUUGAGAACAGCACGCUGGCGGCCAUGGCGGCCGCGAUCCAGGAUAUCUCGUCGUCGUCGGACGCCGACGCAGCGAUCGACUGGGACGCCGAGACGGCGGUCCCGGAAGACCUUCUUCCCGGGGUGCGCACAGAACCGGAGGAGGAGCAGAGACCGCCGCGAGACCACAAAUCUCCCAAGACGGUGGUGAUCACCGGCGCGACCGGCCUGCUGGGCAGCGCCCUGGUCCGGCUCCUGGCCGAGUCCGCCGAGGUCGGCACAAUCCACUGCAUCGCCGUGCGCGACACCAGCAAGCUGGCGGAGCUCGCGCGCUCUUCGUCGCCCAAGGUGGUGCUGCACAAGGGCGACCUGACGCAGGCGCGGUGCGGGCUGUCGGAGGCGGAGGCGGCGGCGCUUGCGGGCGCCGCGGACGCGGUCAUCCACAACGGCGCCGACGUGUCCUUCCUCAAGACGUAUGCCUCCCUCCGCGCCGCCAACCUGCUCUCAACCAAGGAGCUCGUGCGGCUCUUCGCGUCGCGCCGCCGCUGCCGCCGCCGCAUCCCGCUGCACUUUGUCUCGACGGCCACGGUCGGCAAGUUCAGCGGGUCGGACACGCUGGCGCCGGCGUCGGUCGCGGCCUUCCCGCCCGACCUCCAACAACAACAACACCAACAACAAGGCGGCGGUGCCGGGAUCGCCAACGGCUACGCGGCGUCCAAGUGGGCGAGCGAGGUGUUCCUGGAGCGGGCGGCCCAGCAGCUGCGCGGCGGGCUGCGGGUGUUCAUCCACCGGCCGUCGGCGAUCAUGGGCGCGGAGGCCGGCGACGACGUGCUGUCGAGCCUGCUCGAGUACGGGUCAAUCCUGCAGGCGCUGCCGGACGCGAGCCGCUGGACCGGCUUCGUCGACCUCGUGUCGCUCGAGCACGCCGCGGCCGGCAUCGUGCGGUCAUCCCCGUGCAGCGGAUCCGGGACCUGCUGA